AUGGAGCAGCUUACAAAGGCUCUGAUGUCUCUAUAUAAUCUGUAUGAUGCAAAUCGAGAUUCUAGUACUGUUUAUGGAAAUGAGGCUGAGUUCCGUUCACUUUACGUGCUGCUUCAUCUUGAUUCUAUGACCCAACCCAUGGUUGAUCUCUACUUCAUUGAUGUGGUUAAAAAUUUUUGUACAUUUUUAAAGGCAGCUUCUGCUGGCUAUUUUCGGAUGGGCAAUUAUAAGCGUUUCUUUUCUACCAUAUCUGCUGAAGCAUCUUAUCUGCAGUACUGUAUUCUUGAACCUUACAUCAACGAGGUUCGAGCACUGUCCCUGUCUUGCAUAAAUAAUGCUGGCUAUAAGCUUCAUCCAUACCCUCUGUUACACCUUUCCAAGCUCUUGAAGAUGAAGGAAUCAGAUUUGGAGGUACUGUGCAAUGCUUGUGGCCUAGAGACCUUUUCAGAUGAAAUGGGAAAUAAGUUGCUACCCACUAAACAAAAGACUUUCUGUUAUCCCAAGGAAGGUUGUAAAAGCUACAAUUUCGUGGGUUUGGAGCAGUUCGAGAGGUGA